AUGAUGAUACUUCUGCAUGUUUUGACUUUCCUUUCCUUUACGUCCUGCAGUAAAAGACAAGAGACUCCAUACACAGACCGCCUGCAGCAGUAUAUCAGUACACGAGGACUUGGAGUGAAGUAUUACAUUGAUCCUUCCACGUAUGAAGAUCCCAACGAAGCUAUUCGAGAGUUUGCCAAGGAGAUUGAUGUGUCCUUCAUCAAAAUUGAGGAAGUCAUUGGAUCAGGAGAAUUUGGAGAGGUGUGCUUUGGGCGCCUAAAACACCCAGGGAAACGUGAAUACACAGUAGCUAUUAAAACCCUGAAGUCAGGUUACACUGAUGAACAGCGUCGAGAGUUCCUGAGUGAGGCCAGCAUCAUGGGGCAAUUUGAGCAUCCCAAUGUCAUCCACCUGGAGGGUGUGGUCACCAAAAGCCGACCAGUCAUGAUUGUCACAGAGUUCAUGGAGAAUGGAUCACUGGAUUCCUUCCUCAGGCAGAAGGAGGGACAGUUCAGUGUGUUACAGCUGGUGGGAAUGCUACGAGGGAUUGCAGCAGGCAUGCGCUACCUUUCAGACAUGAACUAUGUGCAUCGUGAUCUCGCAGCACGUAACAUCUUAGUCAACAGUAACCUUGUAUGCAAGGUGUCAGACUUUGGUUUGUCCCGCUUUCUUGAAGAUGAUGCUUCAAAUCCCACUUAUACUGGAGCUCUGGGUUGCAAAAUCCCCAUCCGUUGGACUGCCCCUGAAGCUGUCCAGUAUCGCAAGUUCACUUCUUCCAGUGAUGUCUGGAGCUAUGGCAUUGUCAUGUGGGAGGUGAUGUCCUAUGGUGAGAGACCUUACUGGGACAUGUCCAACCAGGAUGUAAUUAAUGCCAUUGACCAGGACUAUCGCCUGCCACCACCCCCAGACUGCCCAACAGUUUUGCAUCUGCUGAUGCUUGACUGCUGGCAAAAGGAACGAGUCCAGAGACCAAAAUUUGAACAAAUAGUCAGUGCCCUAGAUAAAAUGAUCCGCAAGCCAUCUGCUCUCAAAGCCACUGGCACUGGGAGCAGCAGACCAUCUCAACCUCUGCUGAGCAACUCCCCUCCAGAUUUUCCUUCACUCAGCAAUGCCCAUGAGUGGUUGGAUGCCAUCAAGAUGGGUCGUUACAAGGAGAAUUUUGACCAGGCUGGUCUGAAUACAUUUGAUGUCGUAUCACGCAUGACUCUGGAAGAUCUCCAGCGUAUUGGAAUCACCCUGGUUGGUCACCAGAAAAAGAUUCUAAACAGCAUCCAGCUCAUGAAAGUUCAUUUGAAUCAGCUUGAACCAGUUGAAGUGUGAUGCUUUAACUCUCUUUAUUUCACCAGACUCAAAUUCUGAGAGAAUUCAGAGGGAUUGUCACUGUAAGAAAAGGAAAUGGCAAGAUGCUCCUUGAAGACUUACUGCACCUUGAGAGUAGACAUUACAUGUCCCAUUCCAUCAGCAAAAAGAGAAUCUUGCCAUGAUUUAAAAGCAGAGCUAAAUAGCUGGUGGUGUUUAAAUAUGGCUGGCAUCAUACACUAGGAGUAGGUCAGGGGAGGGAAAGUUAUAGUAAUGCAGGGGGGAGCUGGUAUAAUAGUUUGGACAGAUCACAUGUACCUGCUAGCUCUUCUCAUUACCUAAAAAUAUCAGACAAUUCUCCAACGCCAUCAGCAGGCUUUAUCUGUGACUGGGAACUCAACAAAGUGGUAAAGACAUAAAAGCCACAAAGAAAUCAGAAUUUUUCCAGAGGAAUAUCAGCACAUUGUGAGAGAUUAUCACUCAGUUGGAAAUGGACAUCGCUUCCAUCUGCAGUAUGCCAGAUUUGUGAGAAACUGGCGUUCUACUUAAUACACAAUAUGUGGUAAACAAUGAGGUACAUCACCUGGUAAUUUUUCACAGAGGUUAAGAGUAAAGGGGUUGAAAUUCUGUGCUAUAACAUAUGCAGUUCUUGGGUCUGUUCCAUGAUCCAGAAGGGAAACUUACUAAUCCAUUGUUCUGAGGCAAGGAAUAGCAAGACUUAGAUGCAUAGCAUCUAUCUAUGGGAGUUUAAACAGAAUAAAAUGAAUAAUGGUUCAUAAAAUCCAUCCUGCUGAAUUUUCAAUUGGAGAGCCCAUUCUUAAAAAGAAAGGUGCAAGUUGCACUCAAUUCUGGUUUCAUUCUUUUCUAACUCUCUUCCAGUCCUUCCCCUCUACCCAGGCAGAUAUGGAAGAGAGUAACAGAAAUAAAUCUGAAGUCCUUUGCAACUGAAAAAUGUUUUCUCCUUUUCUCAUCCUGACAAGUCAUAGCAGUCCACAGUAAUACUGAUUGAAAACUGUUUCUGAGGAAAAUGCAGAUCUGCAGUAGUCAAUUCCAAAUAGACAAUUGGAUCAAGGGAUAUGAAACUCCUUCACAAAUUCUUCUCAGAGAACGGUACCAGUCCCAGCAGUAACUUCAGUCUCUAAGAAUAACUAUGUUCUCAGGAUCAACCGGUCAGUAGUGCAAAAGAAUGACCAGAGGAGUCAGAUUCUCUCUCCCUUUAAAUAGACUGCCUAAGAGAAGAUCUCUUUGUGGAGGGGAAGAGCUUCAAGAUGUAGGAGGUAUCCUAGUGUCUGUCACUGUGCAGAAGCAGGAAAACAAGAAGCUCAGCUUGAAAGUAAAAUUCAACCAGUACACUUGUUCACCUCAUCAAAACAUAAGAAAGGAAAUGGAAAUAGCCUUGCUAACAAGACUACAAUUAAGACGUUGCAUAAAAAGAUAUCUUCUUCAUGCCUAGAGUGAAUCACCCUACCUGUUCUGAUCUGUGAAUGAUUUGGUUCACCAUGAACUAGUCAUCAACUCACUGUAUUUUUCCAGCUGUCAGGGUGUGAAUAGCACAACUUCCACAGAACUAAUUCCUGUAUAAUUUUAAGUUUCCCCCAGCAAUUAAAAGACAUAAAUUACUUUUUACAGUUAAGAAUCUUAUAAUACAAUAGGAGGUGCACCAAAAUACUUGCGCUCUAAUAGCCAACACAGUUCAGAUUAUUACAACAUAAAAGCAACAUAUGCUAACAUUUUCAGUUGGAAGAGUAAGAACAGAAGUACAUUUUUUCAAGAAAUAAAAAGUCAAUCCAAAAACAAUCCAAAGGAACAAGAACAAAACAUUCAUAACAGUACAAAGAGAAUGAGAAGAUUUUUUAAAAAUGAAUGAAACUAGAAGUGGUCCACCUGUAAAAAGCAAGAGUCUGUAGCUUUUUAAAGAGUUUCUAGGAUCUUGUAAUGCUCAGAAAUCCAAACUUUUGCAUAUGCUGACUAUCAGUUAAACCCACAGCACAUGAGACUAAGCAAGAGUUGCCCUCUUCAGAAAGGAUAGUGAGCAGAAGGUGUUGAGGGGAAUCUAGGUUUUCUAGCACCUUCCACAGAGGGCACAAACACAUGUACAUGAAUUCAUAUAUGAGUAUGUUUUAACAGUUCUGCAGGCCAUUUGGAGAAACAGCAAGCUAUGUUUUUCAUACACAGCGGUCCCUUUUAGUGGUCAAGAUUAGUAGAGAAAUUAAUGAUCUAGUUCAAAUUCUUGUGUCUUUUUAGUCCAGUGGGAACUUAAUCCUACAUGUUUUUUCGGCACUUAAUUUUUCUGCAGUAGGAAACAAGAUAGGAGCCUUGUCUUACUCUCAGACUAAUGACAGUGAGGUUUAAUAGCCUUCUAUGGGGAUCUGCAAUGAAUUUAUCUGUUUGGUGAGAGUGCAGGCAAUAGUACAUUUACUAUUGCAUACCAACUCUAUGAUAAAGUUGUUUUCACAUACAAAGGAUAAUGAUUUAUUUGCUUAUUGUAGCUUAACCUGGCAGGCAGCUAAACACCACAAAGCUGUUUGCUCACUCUCUCACCUACCCCCCUAUAUGGAAUGAGGGAGAGAAUUUGUAAUAAAAUAGAACUCAUAGGUUGAGAUAAAAAAGUAUUUACUAAGGCAGAAUAGGAAAAUGGAAACAGAAGAGCAAUUAUAGCAAUAUAUAAUUGCCACAAGGCAAUUACUCAGCAAUAAAUACAACAUCCCACCAGCAAUGCAAGGUCUCCUUCACACUGAUCAGUGCUCCCACAAUCUCUGAGCAGCAGCUGUUCUCUGGCCAACUCCACAUAGCGUUAUGUCUUUCCACAUGGUGCCACUAGGUAAGGCACCUGUCCUGGCUCUGUCCCAUCCCCUGUACCAUCAUGGCAUCUGCUGUUCUCCACACUCCAUUGCUCAUGAACAACCAAACAUCCAUGUGCAAUUGGCACUGUUUCAUCUGAAAUCAGGACAUUGCUAUAGCAAGAUAGGUAAGUAGUGAUAAGACAUGAUAAAUUUUCUCCCUGUUCUCGAGCUUGGUUGAAAUAUUCCUAUAACUGGCCCAAGGGGUCAACAUUCAAGAUGUCCUAUUGCAGCUAGAGUUGUGCAGAGAGAGGCUUGAGUUUGCAGAGGGAGUGCAAAAGGGCAACUGUCUUGUGUAAGAAGCCCCUUUAUAUAUUCUCAGGACAUCCCUAUUUUUCCUCGUAACUUGGGGUGGAAAGACUGUUGUGUUUAAUAUAUCUUGUGUGAUUUGUCAUCAUGUCACUCCUCAAUUCCGCGAAUAUGAAGGAAAGGUAAUCCUGUCUAGUGAAUAAACAAAAGAUAAGAGGAAGAAAAAAAGCACUAGACAUAAUAUCCUGAUCUCACUUUACUCAACCUAUGUGAAAAUAGAAAUCUCACUUUCUGUUCCAACAGACAUCUGUGGGGAUCUUCUGCAAUAUAUGAGCACCCUCAACAAGUAGGAAUGAAAAUCAGAAGGGAAAGCAGUGAGAUCCACCUAGACAUCUGCUAUCUGUAAUUACUGGAGAAAAAGAGAAAAAUACAGUGAAGUCUUUCAGAACCAUAUUAUCUGCUGGAGAAUCAGCUGGGAGAUUAACUAGUUAUUAUAUGGAGUAAAUGUGGAUAAUACCUGUAAUGUGUAUAAUAGGCAUUACAGGAUGCAGAAGCAGAAGAGAUAGAGAAGAAUAUCCAUGGCUACCAUGAGACCAGCAUAGCAAAUAUAAAAGUCACAUUUUUCUAA